GCUUCAUAAACAGGAGCAUCUCCCCGGGACCAGCUUCAUAAACAGGAGCAUCUCCCCGGGACCGGCUUCAGAGACAGGAGCAACUCCCCGGGACCGGCUUCAGAGACAGGAGCAUCUCCCCGGGACCGGCUUCAUAAACAGGAGCAUCUCCCCGGGACCGGCUUCAGAGACAGGAGCAUCUCCCCGGGACCGGCUUCAUAAACAGGAGCAUCUCCCCGGGACCGGCUUCAUAAACAGGAGCAUCUCCCCGGGACACAGCAACAACGGGAACGGGAAAAGCAGAUUCUGAAAACAGGAGCAUCUCCCGCUGUCCACAUCCCGGGUGGUUCCGAAUCGCCUCGCAGCGGCAGAGGAGCGACCGGCAUCGGGAGACCAUCUGGUACUGUACCUUCUCCUCUGGUAACAGAUGUACGGGAGCGAAUGAUCAGCCAGUAACAGAUACAUCUAGUGACUGGAAUUUUCACAAUACCUGGAGCCAGGUGAAGCACAAAGAUGAUGAUGUUGUCACAUCUACUCUACAAUGUUGGGUGCCUCCUCAUCCUAAACCUCCCUGCAUUAUUUGCAGCUUGUCCUGACCAGGACCCAGAUCUCCACCUCUGGAAUCCCGGCCACAAUAAGGAACAUCGAGUGAACGUUGGACACAAUCGGAAACUGCUGCUGUCGUCUUCUGCUACAGUCCAUUCUAUUCGCAUCUUUGAUGGAGGAAAACUGGUCAUUUCAGACGGCAAUGAGGAAACUAUCAUUCUUCGUACACGGAGUAUUCUUAUUGAAGAUGGUGGGGAAUUGCACAUUGGCAGUGAAGACUGCCCAUUUCAGAAUGAUGUCAACAUCAUUUUAUACGGCAGGUCGGAUAAAGAAACAGAAGGACUUCACAGCUACUUUGGGUUGAAAUAUAUUGGAGUUAGUAGAGGAGGGACACUUGAACUUCAUGGUGCUCACAAACUGUCCUGGACGUUUCUAAAUAGCACCCUCCAUCCUGGUGGGAUGAGUGAAGGUGGCUACUACUUUGAAAGAAGCUGGGGCCACCGAGGAAUCAUAGUGCACGUCAUUAACCAGAUUGGAGAGGUUGUCCACUCGGAUAGAUUUGAUACAUAUAAAAGCAAAGAUGAAAGUAAACGGCUUGCUGAGUACCUGGACAGAGUAAAGGAAGGCAUGAUCAUUUCAGUAGCUGUGAAUGAUGAGGGAUCAACUCUUCUGGAUGACUUUGCCAAAAAUGUACUGUCAAAGCUGGGGAGCAAGUACUUCAGACACCUCGGAUUCAGGCAUCCUUGGAGUUUCAUCACAGUUAAAGGAUCACCUGAGUCUUCUGCUGAAGAUCAUGUUAUCUACCAAGGAGCCAGAGGAUCUGCUGCUGCAAAAGUGUUUAAACUAUUCCACUCCCCUCAUGGCAAUCACUUUACUGUUGGUUCUACAAGUGAGUGGGUACAAGAUGUAGAAUGGACUGAGUGGUUUAACCGGGAUAAUGAGCAAGGAUCGGGAGACUGGGAAAAACUGUCUGACUUGAGAGUUGCAUUUCCUGGGAAAAUCUGUGAGAGCCCAAUCGAUAUUCAGGUUGUUACUGUUAAUGGAAUCCCAGCCAGUCGUACAGGAGAAGUGUUCCACAUGCAUGAUCAAGACUAUGGAUUUGUAUGUCGAAAUAAGGAUCAAGCUAAUGGAAUCUGCCAGAACUACAAAGUGCGCUUUCUUUGUGGUAAACCAGUGCGGCCCAAGGUGACCAUUACCAUAGACACACAUGUUAAUAGCACAAUUCUGCAACUAGUGGAUGACGCCACAACUUGGAAGCCUGGUGAUGUCAUUUUUGUUGCCAGCACAGAUUAUUCUAUGCAUCAGACAGAGGAAUUCCAACUCCUGCACUGUCCAGAAUGCAAACCUAACCAGGUCAAAAUCCAAGGAAAAGCAAAGUAUCUGCACAUGGGAACAGAAGUAGAUGGUGUUGACAUGCGGGCUGAAGUUGGAGUACUAUCCAGGAAUAUAGUAAUUAUGGGAGAAAUGGAGGAUCAUUGCUACGGUGAUAAUGCUUGCAAGUUUUUUGAAUUUGACACAGUUGGAGGUCACAUUAAGAUGGGUGUGGGUUUCAAAGCAGCUCACAUUGAAGGGGUUGAGCUCAAACAUAUGGGCCAGCAGUCUAUGGGCCAUUAUCCCAUUCAUUUUCACAUGACGGGAGACCUCGAUGAGAAAGGCGGCUACAACCCUCCAACGUACGUGAAGGGCGUCUCCAUUCAUGAAUCCUUCUCUCGAUGUGUGACCAUUCAUGGGUCCAAUGGACUUCUGGUGAAAGAUGUAAUUGGCUACAAGACCCUAGGGCAUUGCUUCUUCACUGAAGAUGGUCCUGAGGAACGAAAUACAUUUGAUCACUGCCUUGGACUGUUGGUCAAAGCUGGGAUUCUGUUACCAUCGGAUCGUGACAGCAAAAUGUGCAGGAGCAUAACAGAAGGCGUGUAUCCAGGCUAUAUCCCAAAACCUAGACAGGACUGCAAUGCAGUCUCCACAUUUUGGAUCGCAAAUCCCAACAAUAAUCUCAUCAACUGCUCAGCUGCAGGGUCUGAGGAAACUGGAUUUUGGUUUAUUUUCCACCACGUGCCCACAGGGCCUUCAGAAGGAAUGUAUUCCCCUGGUUAUUCUGAACAUGUGCCACUGGGAAAGUUCACUGACAACAGGGCUCAUUCCAACUAUAGGGCUGGUAUGAUGAUUGACAAUGGAGUGAAGACAACUGAAGCUAAUGCAAAGGACAAGAGGCCAUUCCUCUCACUGGUUGGUGCCAGGUACAGUCCCCAUAAAGGAGCUGAUCCUCAUAAACCGAGGGAACCUGCUAUAAUCAAAAAUUAUAUUGCAUAUAAAAACCAGGACCACGGUGCUUGGCUUCGUGGUGGAGACGUGUGGCUGGAGAACUGCCAAUUUGCUGAUAAUGGAAUUGGAUUGACUCUUGCAAGUGGUGGAACCUUUCCAGAUGAUGAUGGAGCCAAACAAGAGGUUAAGAAUUCAUUGUUUGUUGGGGAGAGUGAAAACCAUGGAACUCAGAUGGCAGACAAUCUCGUCUGGGGACCUAGUGGCCUAGAUCACAGUGGGCGAGCUCUUCCAAAAGGAGUGACAUUUCCCAUCCGAGGAAUGCAGAUCUACGAUGGCCCUAUCAAUGUGGAGAACUGCACCUUCCGUAAAUUUGCAGCGCUGGAUGGUCGCCACACAAGUGCCAUUGGGUUCCGAUUCAAUAACUCUUGGCAAGCUUGUCCAAACAACAAUGUGACAAGUAUCACUUUCCAGGAUGUCCCAAUCACAUCAAGAGUGUUCUUUGGAGAGCCAGGUCCCUGGUUCCAUCACUUGGAUUUGGAUGGUGACAAGACAACUAUCCUGCAUGAUGUGGAUGGAUCAGUGUCGGAAUUUCCAGGAGCUUACAUUGUUAAACAUGAUAAUUGGCUGCUCAGGCAUUCGGAUUGUAUCGAUGUGCCAGACUGGAGAUCUGCCAUCUGCAGUGGUCACUAUGCACAGAUAUAUAUUCAGGCCAGACGGCCAGCGAACCUGAAGAUGAAAAUGAUUAAGGAUGAGUACUUCGAUAAGCCACUGUAUUUAAAGGGUGCCCUGGGCAAACACACUCAUUACCAGCAAUACCAGCCUGUCGUUAUGUUGCAGAAAGGAUACACUGUGCAUUGGGAUGGUCCAGCACCCCAGGAGGUUACCAUAUGGCUCAUCAACUUCAACCAGAAUGAUUGGCUCCGAGUGGGAUUUUGCUACCCUCAAGGCAGCACAUUUAACAUCAUAUCAGAUAUUCAUAAUCGUCUGUCAAAAAGAACGUUCAAGACCGGGUUGUUUCUGCGGACACAGCAUAUGGAUAACCUGGACCGUGGCCAUCCAACCAGGGGCUAUUAUUUCUUCGAUGAGGAUACUGGACUACUGUUCCUGAAAGUGAAAGCCCACAAAAAGCGUGAGGCAUUUGCUUUCUGCUCCUCAGCAGGCUGUGAGAGAAUAAAGAUCAAAGCUUCCAUUCCAAAGACCAGCAAGCGCAGUGACUGUGCAAUGAAAGCUUACCCCAAAUACAGCGAGAUACCAACCGUCGAUGUACCAAUGCCACAGCGAAUACCUACAGAACAGCUGACCACCAAAGGUCACUUCUUGGAGGUCAAGCUUGAGUCCUAUCUAACCAGGUUCUUCCAUAUCAGGCAGCACUUGGCCUACAUGGAUGUUAAUGGAAGGAAGUUUUAUCAUGCUGACGAUGGCAUGCAGAUCGUUGUGGUAGACGGACAGUCUGGAAAGGUGGUCGAUAACAGAAGCUUCCGAAACACAAUCUUGCGAGGAAUUCCAAUCCAUGUAGAGAAUUACAUGGCGAACAUAAAGAACAACUCCAUCACUCUGAUAACAUCGAAAGGACAAAUCAUUUCAGAAAAACUUUGGAACAAAGUUCUGUCGCAGCUUGGAGCCACCACUGUUAAACUAAAGGAUAAACUGGCAUUUGUGGGAUUUAAGGGAAGUUUUCGGCCUGAGUGGAUAAAACUUGUCGUUGGUGAAGAGGUAGCGAAAAUUCAUGAGGUUCUCCCAAUUCCUGUUGUAAACAAGUUGAAACUAUGAGUAAAUCCCAUCGGUAGCAUUGACCAAGUAAUGUUCAGCUCUACAGAGUUGACCUUGGAAUUACUACUGAUCUUUGGAAAGUGGUCAAAACUACAAAGAUAUUGCAGCAGAACAGCCAUUUAUCAUUGUGCUAAUCUGUUCACUCACUAGACUUGUUUCACAGGCUGACCCUAUAUGUAGACUGUUCUCAAAUAUUCCUUAUUCUGUCUCAACAAUGCUCGUUACUGCCGAAAUAGCUGGUCCUUUUUCGGAUGUCCUAUUCUUUCUGUGAUUUGUCUGCUGAGGUGUUUUUGAUGUGUCAGCCACAUCAAAGAUUUCUUUCCAAUUGUAGGUAUGUUUUUAUUUAUUUAUUAAAACACCAUAGAACAUGACACCAAGCCACUUGUGUGACUGUAUUGUAAAAUGUUCAUAUAUUUUCCAUAUAACUAUGACUUUGUCUGGUAAAAAUGCACUCCUGAAAGUGAAGUUGGCAUUUUAAGCAAUGGCUGAGAUUGUAAUUUAUUAAAGUUGAGGUUCUCAUUUGAGACUUAUUUCUGAAGGGGAAAGUGUUUGGAUUAAAGAAGUGUAAUUUAUAACUGACAUUUGUAUAAAUUACAAAGAUUGUAUAAGUGAUGUUUCAUAAUAAAUGUAAAGUUGAAUGAA